CCUUCAUCACACGUUAGCCUAAAGACAGACGAAGACCAAGGGCGCAAAGAGAGAACGAUUUCCACCGAACAGAACCACAGAACCACACGGGACUGACCUGAGAAAGACAGAGGAAAAAACUAAUCCAGUCCUGAUCCACUCAGCUCAGAACGGAAAACUUUACACACUUCAGCUGUAAGAGAAGGAUCGAAGCGGAGGUCUCUGUACAAAAUGUCUAACCAGCCAUCAACAAAUGUAAAAGCUUUACAGGCCAACCUCAAUAUUCCGAUGGGAGCUUUGCGUCCGGGAGCGGGACAUCCUGUGAAGAGGAAAGAGGAGACACAGGACACAGAGGAGGUACCGGCCGUCACUCCAGAAGAAAAGAAGCCCCUUCCUGGUGGUGUGAAACUUCCAGGGCCGGUGGUGAACCUUUCUGAGAUCCAGAAUGUAAAAAGCGAGCUUAAAUAUGUCACUAAAGACUAGACACUCAGGUGACCCCACCUUGCUCGUAUAAAGGAAGGAGACAGACAGCUCUACCAGCUCGACCUAUUCCAUUACUGAUACUCUGACAAUCUCCAUCACCUCACAAAUUUCCAUCUACUGAAACCCAGACAUCCUUCAAACAACCAAUAACUUGUUAAAGGUUUCCAACCCUGCAGUCCUCAUAGCAAACUUUAUUUUUUCUGGUUUAAGAACAGAUUAGAGCCACAAAAAUAUCCCAUACAGCAUUUAAAACUAUGGUCUAUGGUCUAUGGUCUAGAUCUGGUACUGAAACUCAGAGGUGUCUAAAACUAGACACUGCCCAAAAUUAUGGUCUAAGAACGGCUCAAGGUAUUUUGGCAGAUUAGAGCCACAUACUGUAGCAGCCAUGAUAGUUCCAAAUCUGUGCCAGCAUUCAUCUCUAAUAACAUCCAGACUUUGGUGUCAAAUCUCCAUGUUACAGUUGCAUAACAGUACCAAAGCUAAGCCAUUAGUCAUAGCUAAUAUUUGCUCUUUAUCUGGUUGUAACUUCAGGAUCAAAUCUAAGCCAUCUUUCAGCCUGGCCACUGGGAAUAGAAUACAGCUUCAGAACAUUCUAGACCUUUUAGUUUCCAGAUUAGAACGGUUUAUUUUCUGUACUAGAACCAAAUCUCAGCCUGCAGUUGCUAUAGUCGCUAUUGUAGGUGCAGACAUACUGUAAGCCAUCACCAAUUCCAAUUUGGUACCAAAUCUAUGUCUAAGCUCAACUAAUGAUGGGCUGGAUUGGUUGUCCAUGUGAGAGCUACAUAACAGCCAUUAUAGUAAAACCUCCAUCCCUAUUAAUGGAUCUUACACAAACCCAAACCUAUUUUAUAUCUGCUGCCGAAUCUUUAACACAUUGUUAGGCUCAGAACUCCAAAGAAUGAUGACAUUUAGAUUAGUGUGACCUCUCUUAGACCAGGUUGUGCAAACAAUAUAGUCCAGGGAUGGUAAAGACUAGUUCUCCAUAUUAGAUUAGCGCAUCAUCGAUUAGCAGAACCGAAUCCGAGCAAACAUUCAUUACUGCAGGUUUCUCUCAACCCAGAUAUCGUGAAGAACGAUUGGAGGAAGACCCAGGAUGGCUUGACAGGGAAUGGAUAAACAGGAUGGUCAUUCCAGGGUCAAACCUUCUGGACCUUUUCUAAACUAUCAAAUACAAACAUAAUCUUAAAGAACGUCGACCACCUACAGUAGAUUUCAGCUCCUUUCAGUCUGAAUGGUACCAAAACCCAGCCAGCAUUCUUCAUUGUACUAAAAUGCAGCCAUCUCUUGACCCAGAUACCACAAAGAAUGAUGGCUCACGAUGACUCUGAAUUGACUACCAGAUGGAGCAAAAGCAACAGGGCCGUGCCAGAGCCAAACAAUUCACAAGCAUUUUGGAUGCAUCCCCAAUCGACCCACAUGCUGUUUACCAUCAGUGACAUGGCACCAUCAAGGCCAGACAUGGCGCCAUGCCAACUCUGUGACCCCUCACACAAUGAUGCUUCUUUACCAGAUAAUUUUGCUACGUAGGCAUUAAAGCACACAACUCAAAUCUGACAACAACCAUAAACUGUACAAUUUACACAAAACCAUAACAAGUAAGCGGUUUGAUUUCUGUUCUUAGUUAUACGUAUCUCCUGUUUUAAAUCUGAACUGUGUGUUUUAGACGUGAUUCCAUAGCAGAUCUACAAGCUCCUUUUCUGCCACGUGUGAAAUAACAUAUUUAAUUCCCUUUUAUAGAGCCUGAAUCAUAAUGUAGCAUGAUAAUUAGUCUGUGUUGUUCACGUUAUUAGUGGCAAAUGUCGUCUCACUUCAUUUACUCUGAACAAAUGUGAGACAUUGUAAAACAUGUUUUCAGACUUCAUGGCCUUUUCUUUUGAACCACUAUAUAAUUUUUUGCCUUUCCUUGCCAUUGUUCUCAGGCUUGGUUUUGAGAGCGUGUAGGCUGACAUGCAAUAAAAACACGAUUUCUCAGUGUCAUGGUGUAGGAGGGUGAAGCAAUCACAUGCUGUCUUUGAGCAAACAGAACUGAAUUUCCAACACUUUGUCACUGUUAUAUUAGCUCUCAAAUGUGAUAUUUGUGAAGCACAUUUUCUCUCUUUAUCUCUCCUGUUGAACAGCAGCUCAUCAGCGAAAGUGUCCUUAUUGAAGAUUCUGACCAGAGUUCGAAGGGCUAAAAGUAAAACAACAAUAUCCUGUCUAAAGUAUAAUAAAAACUUGGAUCAAAAAUAAAAUCAUGCCACGUAACUGA